AUGUCGUCCGACUCGACCAACCAGGCCUUCCAGGCAUUCUAUCUUCAGCAUACCACCGCGGAGCUUGCUGAAGACCUUGACCAGUUGCGCACAUCCGCCGAUUUUGUCCUGCCGGGCCAGGAAAGUGUUGCUGCUGACGAUGCCAGCGCUGCAGGCGUAAAGGCUGGUGCCAAGAGCGGUGUGACCGAUACAGACAACUCACUCCAGCUUCUGAUCGGCGCGCUGCGGCAAGGAACGGCUAUGUUCUCGGCCGAGGACCAGGCACGAGUGGUCGUUGGCAAGGCCGGCGAGAGCAGCUGA